AUGGCUGUGCCAGGAGCGGAGGAGGAUGUUUACCUAACUCUUCUAUUGAACGAUACAUACUUGCCUGGCGCUCUGGUUCUUGCGCAUUCGUUGCGAGAUGGCGGCACCACGAAGAAGCUCGGCGUCAUGGUCAUACUGGACUCGACCAUAUAUGAUUAUGUUAUUCCCGUCCCGCGGAUACGGAAUGAGUUCCCCGCCAACCUUUCGCUGAUGAACCGCUCCGACCUGCAAUCUGCCUUCACCAAGAUCAACCUAUGGAAGCAAACCAGCUUCAGAAAGAUUGUGUACAUAGAUGCCGAUGUUGUCGCGUACCGAGCUCCGGACGAGCUGUUUGAUAUCGCGCAACCGUUCUCGGCGACGCCAGAUAUUGGAUGGCCAGAUAUCUUCAACACGGGAGUCAUGGUAUUGACACCCAAUAUGGGUGACUAUUAUGCCUUGAUGGCCAUGGCCGAGAGGGGCAUAUCAUUCGAUGGAGCCGACCAGGGCCUGCUGAACAUGCAUUUCAAGAAUGCCUGCAACCGCCUGAGUUUUACCUAUAACGUCACGCCGUCGGGCCACUACCAAUACAUCCCUGCCUACCGUCACUUCCAGUCGAGCAUCAGCAUGGUCCACUUCAUUGGCCCAAACAAGCCGUGGUUCCAGGGACGAUAUGCGAGUACUGGGAACUCUCCAUACGACGAGAUGGUGGGCAGAUGGUGGGCAGUUUACGACCGACAUUAUCGAGUUAUGUCGCCUUCUAUUACCCCUUCUAAACCAGGUCGCGAGCUGGUUCAGUAUCUGACCAAGGGCGAAUACCAGCCCAGACGGCCACAAACUAUCCAGGUCCAGCAUACCAAUACCACCGGUGAGCCCUAUAGUGAACAUCGCCAUGAUAGGAGUCUGCAUUUUGAGCAACUGCCAUCUUUUCAUUUUCAUCACAAGCAACCGGAACAAUACGCUGCAGAACAUCAUGACAAUGAUCCGUACCACCACCAGCAGCAGCAUCACGUAGAAUCUCAGCCUGGAGGCCCCGUCCAGCAGUCUGGGCCAGAAUUCCCCAGCGCGUCAUUAAGUAGCACCAUUAAGGGAACUCAAGCUGAGGCUCGUAAAGAGCAGGAACAGCACCAUAGGGCCCAGCCUCCCCCGCCUGAGCAGAAGAAGCCUGAGUCACGUCCAGUUACCUUUUCUGACUGGGAUGCUCAAAGACAUGCUCCUCCAACAGGUGCAAAACCGGAAGCUGCCAACCUCCCUGCGACCGUAUACGAGAUGUCUCAAGAUCCCACUCCGUUCGUCCCUCCCGUACGUUAUCCUAGUCCUCCAAAGGAUAUGUGGUUUGAAGUGCCCAAAGAACGUCCUACAGAGAAGCCGAAGUCCAUCUUCCCCUGGGAAACUCAUCGACCCCGUCCUUCCCGCGUAUUUGCCGACGACUCGUCUCGAGCCGGACUCAAUAUAGAGACACCGAGCACGGCUACGGGUGAGCCAUGGGCAAAUGCUCCCUCCGAGACCCAGCCGUCAGCUGAGUCAUCUGUGAUAGAGCCCGUCACGCCCACCACACCAGCCGUUCAUGUCACGUCAUCGGAUCCUUGGACCUCUUUCACGCGUACCAAUGCAUGGGACGAAGUACCGGAGAUAGAGCGGUACGUCGGCGCCAUGCAGAAGCACAGACGUUCCAAGAGUCUCAAGUCCCCUGGCUCGAUUGGAAUGCCAAGCCCGGGCGGAGCGGUAAAUGAGAGCGAAUGGCGACAGCAUGGCACCAAACUGACCGACUUCCCCAGCGAAGCGGAGCGGCCUAGCCUUCCUGUCACUCCCGCGCCCAUCCGCCGACCGAAGUUCUGGGGUGGUGGUGGCCCUGGCAUCGGUGAUGAUGGCGACGAGGACCCUCUGCUGCCGCAUGCGGAGGGCGUACCUCGGCAGACUGAAUGGGAUCCUGUGGCUCAGCUUCAGAAACUGGCUAAGCAGCAGUCAGAAGUCUUGUUGCAGAAGUUGGGUGGUGGUGCGAGAGACAGUAGCGACUUGCCCCCGAGACCUUUACCCUAUGGCUCUGAGGAACUGACGUCGCCAACGUAUGUGGCUCAGUCAGCCAAGGUGUUGAGCCCACAGCCCAGAAGAAACAGCACAAGCUCUGGCCUGAUGCGUGGUAUUCUGUCCGGUGACGAGUCGACGCCGCAAUCAACCACGACUGCAGACACCGCAAAAUCCACGACCAUUGCCGAACCAAGCUACACAGGCCCCGGAGCUACCUUUGAAAAAGGCGAGGGCUACAUGCAACAAGAAACGCCGCUGCCGCCAAGCGAGGAGCAGCGAGAUGUGCUAGACUCAUAG